AUGGCGGCGCUCGGAGACUCUUCAGCUCCGGGGGUGAACGGGUUAAUACAACAAUUUACAGCAAUAACAGGGGCCACAGAGAGUGUUGGAAAACACAUGCUUGAGGCAUGCAACAAUAACCUUGAGAUGGCCGUGACCAUGUUCCUGGAUGGGGGUGGGAUGGCAGAGGAGCCCAGCACCAGCUCCAGCUCGGCAGCUUCAAGCAGCAGAGCUCCCCCUACAGAUGAAGUACGAGCACCCAUUCCCCAGAAGCAGGACAUUUUGGUGGAACCUGAACCUCUUUUUGGAGUUCCAAAGCGAAGACGGCCUGCUCGAUCAAUAUUUGACGGCUUCAGAGACUUCCAAACAGAAACAAUCCGUCAGGAACAGGAGCUGCGGAACGGUGGAACAGUGGAUAAGAAACUUAGCACUCUGGCAGACCUUUUCCGUCCUCCUAUUGAGCUCAUGCACAAAGGGAGCUUUGAGACGGCUAAAGACUGCGGACAACUUGAAAAUAAGUGGCUAAUGAUCAACAUACAAAAUGUUCAGGACUUUGCUUGCCAGUGCCUCAACAGGGAUGUUUGGAGCAACGAUGCUGUGAAGAACAUCAUACGAGAACAUUUUAUAUUUUGGCAGGUUUAUCAUGACAGUGAGGAGGGACAACGAUAUAUCCAGUUCUACAAGCUGAACAAGUUUCCCUACAUUUCUAUUCUUGAUCCACGGACAGGUCAAAAAAUGGUGGAGUGGAACCAGCUGGAUGUGGCGUCGUUCAUGGAGCAGGCAACAGGCUUCUUGGCAGAGCAUGGGCAGCUCGACGGGCCCACCUGCAACGCCCCUCCUGCCAAACGGGCUCGGGCAGAGAGUCUGAUUGAUGCCAGUGAAGACAGCCAGCUGGAGGCAGCGAUCAGAGCCUCCCUACAGGAGACCCACUAUGACUCUUCAAAUGUCAUUGAAGCCCCCGACUCCCCACGAUCAGAGGAUGAAUCCGAAGCUGAGCCUUUCUCGGACAGCGAGGGACCCAUCUCCGUUGACGGCUCAGACAGCGAAACGCCAGCGCCACACGAAGAGAGAAGUUCUACAAGCAAACACACAGCGAGUGCUUCGGUCACCACUGCCCAGCGUCUACAUCCUGAUAGUUCCACUUCCUCCCACAGAAAAUCCCCGUACAAAGAGAACAAUCACAGCCACAAAAAAGAGGAGAGCAAAAAGAACCACCUGGAGCCCCCAGCUCCUAGUCCACUUCCUGCUCCUCCUGAAGCAGACUCUGGAGGAAAUCACUGCUCCUCACAAACCAAAAGCCCCGGAGCGUCCAACAUCAUCAGUACGACGUGCGACACGGACUGUCCUGAUGACAAUGGCCCUAAAGCCAGGUUGAUGCUUCGUUACCCAGACGGACAAAGAGAGCAGAUCUCCCUAUCCUCAAAAGCAAAGCUUUUGGCCCUGGUAAGACACGUCCAGUCCAAGGGUUACCCUAAUGAACGCUUUGAACUCGUCACCAACUUCCCUAGAAGGAAGCUUGCCCACUUGGACUAUGAGAUCACAUUGCAGGAGGCAGGGCUUUGUCCACAGGAGACUGUAUUUGUUCAGGAGAGGAACUAGCCACCCCAAAAACUUUCUCUUUCUGCUUCUGUAUUUCUAAUAGACUUCACCAUUUCACACAUCGACAACCUGGGCUGACGUUGAUGGCGAUACAUUCAGCUCUAAAGGAGGCCGCUUGUUGUGUCAGGGCUGAUGUUAAAGGGUUAACUUUGACUGUCUGAAUACUGAAAUCUCCACCGACAGUCUAAUGCCUUUAAAACGUUAAAGAAUUGGCCAGUAUGGCUUUCAGAUAUCAGUUUUUUUCCUAAUGAUGUCUGUUCUGCACUAAUACAGCACAUUAGAGCAGAAAACACAAGGUCAUCUCCUGUUCAUAAAACCUCAAAUAACGAAUCACUAAUUGACUGUGGGCCACCAGAGACUUGUACAAAAAAUACUUUUACUUCCCAAAAUGUAGAUUAAAUGUCAGAGUUUAUUUUCUAGCUCUUCCUUGUUUCGUUUAUUCUGUAAAUGAACAAGUAAAGGGAGGUUGCUUUUUUUUUUUUUUUUCCCUUCAUUGUUUUUUUCAAAUGUUGAAACUCAGAAUGCAGGAGUUCUU